AUGUCAAAUCCACUCUUGCCCCUCUCAUCCUCCUACCAGAACGCGCGCGCACAAUCUCAAAUGGCGAAUUCUUCGCCCUUCCUUCACAAGACCCUUGAUCAGCCCUCGGAAAAUGUUGCUCCCUCAAGCCCAUUGAAGAGAGGAUGGACAAGUCACGCUACCCCGAGUCCGAACGGCUAUAAUGAAUACGAAACCUACUACCCUCACGAACCCGAGAACGAAAAUGAACACGCGAAUGACGAUUUCAAUGAUGCCGAAUCAUAUCAACACGGUGCUAGCUCACCGUUUCAGUUUGAUGGGCGCGAAGACACCGUGGAUUUCCAGAAGCAACGCGAAAUGCGACAGACCUCGCCCCAAUCACACCCACAACUUGAACCACUAGAGGAGGAGAGUCCUAUAAGCUCUCCAUUCCGUCCACAUGUGACGGAGGGUGCAGUUGGUUUCCGGGGGUUGCGCGAACUGCAGCCCAUAUCAACUGGCUUGGACAAGCGGCUGGCUGUAGAGGAGCCAAUGAGUUCUCCCUUCCGGCCUAAUGCCAGUGAAGAUACAGUGAAUUUCCAAAAUAUCCACGAAGAGCAACAGUCUUCUCCUCUGCCAUACCCAGAGCUUGAGCCAUUGGAGGAGGAGAGCCCCGCAAGUUCCCCGUUCCGUCCUCAUGUCCGGGAAGAGACAGUGGGGUUUCAAAAAUUGCGCGAGGUUCAGCCUAUGUCACCUGGGUUGGGAAGGCGGCUAGCUCUAGAAGAUCCGGAGAGCUCCCCAUUCCGCCCUGAUGCGCGGGAAGAGACGGUAGACUUUGAUCGCUUGCGCGAAAUGCAGAGUGACUCGCCAAUUCCUCAAUCGCGGCCAUUACCCGAUCCCUCUAGUUCGCCUAUCCGCAAUGAAGCAAAAAACAUGACAGCCGAUCCAUCGGAACUACAUGAUGUGCAAGAAGAUUCACCAAUAGUGUCUAAAUAUUCUUCACCUGUGACACCGAACUCGCCCGUCCGCGACGAAGCACCAGAGACAGUUGAUACCCCAAAGUUAGAUGCGCAUGCGAAGUCACAGGUAGCAUCCAACUCUUCUUCCCCUACUCCAGUACUUAACUCGUCCUUCCGGCCGAGUCCCAAGGACAACACCCUUGAUCUUCAUAAGUCACGCCGAAUUUCUCGUGCAUCACUUAGACUGAGUGACCAGCGCCCAGUUGCUGCAACUCCCCGCAAAAGAUCUUACGACCAAACACCUGAAGAUCUAGAGGCCGUUUUACAGAUGAACGAGCGCCACAAGAAGGGUAUGAUGAGCCGACCAGAUGCACCAGCGAUCCACAUAGAUGUUGAAGAGGACCCUAGUGUCCAGGAACAGAGCGUCCUUUCCGCUGCAAGUGCCGUGCAAGACCGAUCAGCAAUUGGCAACAGCAUGAUAGAGGACAGGCACAAUGAAGGAAUGAGCACAGUACUUCAUGAAGAUGGCGACAAGGAGAAUAUCUCACACGAGAAUUCGAUGGUCGACGACUCAAUGGAUGACACUUGCUUGAGCACAUUUUCCGCUAUGCCUGAUAUGACUACAUUUGCGAAGCUGCGCGCCCAGUCGCCGGUGAAAUCAACGCGAGGAAGUGUCGCUCCCAGCCCAGCUCCCACCAUGGACGGGCAUCGACACAUUGCCGAACCGACCACCCCAGGCACAGGGCGUAGGGCAUACAGAGCGAGUGCCUAUAUAGAUGGAAAUUCGCCUACGGGAUCGCCUACGCCGAGACCCAGAGGCCCACGUGAUAUGGCUCACCCAGGUGACUCUGCUAAUCUGCUUGAUUUCACCGAUCAAAUGAAUUUCUUCCCUCGUCAGUCCAUGCAAAGUGCCCGUUUCUCUACUUCGCGGCGUUCGCCUAUGCGAUCGGCGCGCCAAUCCAUUCGAUCUCCUGGGAAGAUGUCGUCACUUUUGGACUUUGAUAUUCCGGCUGCGCCUACCCCUCGAUCCAUUCCCACGGUCACUCCCCGUGAAUUGGAGUCACUCAAGUCCGGAUUCUUGUCUGACAUAUCUUCCCUCAAAGCCACUCUCAGCGGAAAAGAGGCUGAGGUUGCAAGCCUAAAGCAAGCAGUGGCAGACGCGGAGAGACGUGUCGGCGAAGCUCUGGAAGAAGUGCGCAACGAAGCCGCCGGCAAAGAGGUGCUGGAGAUGGAACAGGCCGAGUGGGAACGUCGAGUCAAUGAGAUGGAGACAGUGCUGCGGUCCGCCCGCUCUGAAUUAGUGGAAGGGGAUCGUGAGCGUGAGCGUCUGUCUCGAAGGGCCGAAGAGGCCGAGAAAAACAGGGAAAAUUUAGAAGGCCAAGUUGUUGAGCUCGAAAGUCAGCUUUCCGCUGCACGCGCUGCGGCUGCAUCUAGCGCCAGUAACGCCAGCUCAUCUCAUCAGUCCUCUCACUCAGCUGAAGACACUGCUCGGGAAGUUCAGGAUGCUGUUGAAAAGGUCGCUCGUGAGCUUCAUGUGCUCUACAAGGGCAAGCAUGAAACCAAGGUUGCGGCCUUGAAAAAGAGCUACGAGUCUCGCUGGGAGAAGCGCUUGCGCGAGGCGGAGAAGAAGCUAACUGCUGCACGCGAGGAAAACGAACAUCUUCGCGUCGAACGUGAUACCGCGCAGUCUGAUUCAAUGGCCGCGGCUAAUACCAGUCUCUUCGCUCGCGAGAAUGACAAGCACGAGGCCGAAAAGCGUGUCAUGGCGGCCCAGAUUAAGGGUCUGCAGCGAGAAAUUGUUGCUAUGAAGGAAAAUACCGAGCGAAUUCGUGCAGACCUGGAGUCUGAACGCGCCGAGAAGGGCGAGCUUGUUGCUGCUGUUGAUGAGUGGCUAGCCAUGCAGCAGCCGCCCGUCCCAUCUCAGCCUCGAGACCGCGAGCCCUCUGUGGCAUCUUCUGUGCACAAUGACCACGUCAACGAGCCAGCUCAGCCAUCGCGCGAAGUCACCCCUGAUGAAAGUCGUCGCAGUGUCAGCCGUUCUGUGUCUGGAAGCAUCCGUCCCCCUGCCACUACGGAAAAGAGGAUCCCUAGAUUCGGUGCUCCUGGCGGUCAUUCUCGUGGCAAUAGCGGUGGCAAUGGCAGAUCUGGCAUUGCAAUGCCUACUCCCGGUCGAGGCGGGAUCAUGAGUUCCAUUGAGAGGAUGGGCCGUGGUGGUGUUUAG